CGGGGCUGGACCCGCUCCCCUUUCGGAGAGGAAAAAAGUUUGUGCGGCGCGGAGGUGCGCGGAGCAGAGCGAUGAAUGAAGAAGAUACUUCCUAUGAAGAGUGAAAGUACUUGAUUCUGGGAAAACUCUUGAAGAACUUCUAACUUCAAACCUGGAGAAAAGUAUGAAGGAACAAUCCAUCUGACUCUGUCAGCAUCCACACAGAACGCAAAAUGGCUCUUCAGAAAAAAAAUGUUGCUGGUGUCUUGGAGGAGUGGUGUUUGGAGGAACCGCUGUUCAGUUGCAGACGACACCAGAAUGUUAGGAAAAAACUGAGACUGAUACGAAUUAUAGGGCUUCUUGUCAGUGUAGUGGCCAUUAGUACUUUCUCUCUUUCAUUUGGUGCCUUUUUCAAGAUGGAACCACAUAGCAUGGUGUUGGCCAGCAGCCUAGAUAGCCAAAAGCUGGUGCGUGGGCACCAAAGAACUCUGUUGGAUUUCAUGGAACAGAAUGAAAACGGCACUCCAGACCCACACACUUCUAUGAAGUACGAAGCUGAGCCUGACAAUGCAACAGAUGAUCAUGCCAAGGGAGAGUACCCCGAGGACCUUUUCUCUCUUGAGGAGAGAAGAAAGGGAGCAGUGAUCCUCCAUGUAAUUGGAAUGAUUUACAUGUUUAUAGCCUUAGCCAUAGUCUGCGAUGAGUUCUUUGUUCCUUCCUUGACUGUCAUCACUGAAAAACUGGCCAUAUCUGAUGAUGUGGCAGGGGCAACCUUCAUGGCUGCUGGUGGGUCAGCCCCAGAACUCUUCACUUCUUUAAUAGGAGUGUUUAUAUCCCACAGCAAUGUUGGCAUUGGUACAAUAGUGGGAUCUGCCGUGUUCAAUAUCCUGUUUGUUAUUGGAAUGUGUGCUUUAUUUUCUAGAGAGAUUUUGAACCUUACUUGGUGGCCACUCUUUCGAGAUGUGUCCUUUUACAUCAUUGACUUGAUCUUGCUAAUCAUCUUUUUUCUGGAUAACUUGAUCAUGUGGUGGGAAAGCUUAACACUCCUGACAGCAUAUUUUUGCUAUGUGACUUUCAUGAAGUUCAAUGUUCAAGUAGAAGAAUGGGUGAAGAAAUUUUUAAACAGGAACAAGGUUGAGAAGGUGACAACAGCAGAUGCUGAAGGAAAGUCACCUAAUGCUGGCGACAAGGAUGACCAAACAUUGACGACCAAGCCACGGCUCCAGCGAGGAGGAAGCUCUGCAUCUCUCCACAACAGUCUGAUGAGGAACAGCAUCUUCCAGCUCAUGAUUCACACACUUGACCCACUUGCUGAAG